AUGUCAAUUUUAAUGGUCAUAUUAAUGGUUAAUAUGUUGCAAAUUGUUCAAAAGUAUAGUUUAUUGCAAGCGGAAUCAGAUACUCUUUACACGUCAAAAUUUUCAAACACAUUCAAUUCGGAAUUCAGCAAUUGUAUGGCUGAAGUUGAAAUGAAUAAUGAUACAUAUAAAUUAUUAGAAGUAACUGAGACUGAAUCAUUAAAGUGUGAUCUUUUCAAUGAUAUACUUAGAAAUUGUCAAGAUUCUGGAUUAAAGGAUAACAACUAUUCGAUCUUUCAAUCAUUGAUUGACACAAUUUGUCAAGCAGCCACUAAGGAACAACAACAACAAAAUGUUAAUGAUAUUUUACAAAUUUGUAAUGAUGAUGCUUGUGAUUCUGACCAACAUCUUGAUAAGCGACUUCUUGAUCCUAAAUAUUUGGAUAUCGACUUCGAUGAAUACUAUAAUCAGAAUAAUCAAAAAUCUCCCAAGGCUAUGACUUAUGAUUGUAAUUUGAUGCAAGCAAUUAAAUCCACUCAAACUGUGGAAGAUAAUGUGAUGACUAUAUUCACAUCUACAUUUACUGUAAGUAAUCCACUGGAAGUUCUGCUUACUGUAGUAGAAUUCAUUAAAGUAAUAAGUAUUCCGCAGCCCCUGUUGUAGUUUUCAAUGGAAAGUUACGAUAAAUAAUUCCUCCCAACUUACUAAUUCAAUUAAUUUUGCUAUUUACUACUAUAUAAUCUUAUCUAAAAUUAUUCUACUCAUUCUCUGCUUGAUUAAUUAUUCCUAUUUAGGUAUUAUAGAACUAGAAGUUAUCUAUACUUUUGCAGUCAAUAUGCGUCACGUGCCUGAGCAAUCACCGACGGAGAAAGAGGUAAUUUUUAGAAAAAAUAAACGGCUUACAA